AAGACUCGGCAGAAAGGGCAUCAGUUUCCAGUGCAACCUCGCAGAGUCCUCAUCUAUUUGGGAUAUUUCUACAGAUCGAAUUUAAUUUUCAAUUCAACAUGAAGUUCUUGGUAAUCGUUUUUGUGGCACUCAUUGCCAUUGCCUCUGCUUUGCCUCAAUUUGGAUUCGGAGGAUUCGGAGGAGGAUUUGGUGGUCAGCAGCAGCAACAGCAGCAAGAAGGAUUCGGAGGUGGAUUCGGUGGAUUCGGAGGAUUCGAACAGCAGCAGCAGCAGCAAGAAGGAUUCGGAGGUGGAUUCGGAGGUGGUUUCGAGCAACAGCAGCAGCAGCAGCAAGGAGGCUUCUUCUAAAGCAGUUCCAUUAUGGAAUAGCAAAUUAAAAACAAAGAAAAAGUUAUUUAAAUUAAUAAAAUAGUAGUAAAUUAAAC